UAGAGAGAGAGAGAGUGAGUUCGGAUCCAAUCUUUGGUUGGGUGAAUGAAAGUGUAAGUGAUUGAAUUGAAAAUUCUAAUUUGAGACCCACCUCUUGUGUUUGGUUUUGUUUUCUCAAGAUGGUUGCAAGAACCCCACCAAAACUGAGGAAAAGUUUAGCUGCUCUCAAUCCUGUUCUCAGUAGAGAAACACUAAACAAGGUGGAUCAAUGCAUGGCUCGGCUGCAAGAAUUACAGUACACUGUAACUGGUGGAAACAAGGUGGUAUCAGGGGCCAAUCUCAGCCCUCGUAGCACCAGAGGUUAUCUCAGAACUAGUCUCAGGUGCAAGCAAGAAUCACUCAGGAUCAAGAAUAGUUCCACAAGGAAAUCUCCUGUGGGAAAGUUUCCCUCAACACCAAACACAUGUGAUUGGAGAAGGAUGUCAUUGCCUGCAAUGCUUGUAGGAGAAACCAUUGGAGAAAUUUUACACGCUAGUCAAUUUGCAAAAGAACUUGUUUCAGCAGUUAAUUGCCAAACUCCUUCCAAAGAGGAUCCAAAAACUCCAAUUCCUCAAAGGCCAAGCAAGAAAACUGCACAGAAGAGUGAUGGGAUUGUAAGUGGACUGAAACAACGCCCAGCAUCAACAGUUCAAUUCCCUGCAGUAAAAAAGGUUAAUUAG